AUGCCAGGGUUUCGGUGGGGCAGCGACAGAGAAAGGAGAAGCAGUUUCUUUCUAUUCAUCGACUUAGAGAUCCAGGAUAAAAUUUUCAUUCAAGCCUUUGGCAAAAUUCCCAACAAUUUUAGUGGGACAAAAUGUCUCUCUCCCUAUGCAAAAACAGCUGUUAAAAGUAUUGAAGGGAAGCAAAGCUCUAGACAACUUCCAUUUGCCCAUAACUUUCGCCUGCAAUCAGCAAUGGUGUCAAGAAGGUCAAGACUUCAAGAUUGUUCUACACAUCAAACAAAAUCAGUUCAGAGCUGGGAUGGAGUAUCAGACAUAGACAGCUACAAAUCAAACAGUACAGACAAUUUCUGUCUUAUAUCACCAUCCAAGAGGAACAGAGCUGAAAGUGUUCCCACAGGUCAACUAAGGUAAUCAAAGCUCUUCUCUAAGUUCUGAGUAAACUCAAUUUGGAAUAGAUUAAUAUCCAAAGUUAUUAAACAGCAGCCAAAUGUAAUCAAAGUCAUAGCUUACAAAAAUGGCACAAGAAGGAUCUUUGCUAAGGUUUCUGUGUCCUUAAUUAAGCUACUGCUGCAGGAGCGCUCUGAAAAGCUGAAUCUGAACAUGGCUGCACGAUGAGUGUUCUUGGCAGACAGCACUGAAGCACUAGAACCUAAAGACAUACCCCACGAUGCCGACGUUUAUAUUUCAACUGGAGAGACCUUUUUAUAUCCAUUCAAAAAAACAAAAGACCAUCUGUCAUUAAUGAAGAAAGUGUCUUGGACAGUGAAAGGCCUGGGUCUUCAUAGUGGUGUCAAGCAAAAGAAAACCAAGCCUGUCAUUGCCAACUGCAUGUAGAAAACUGUUGAGGACACCUCUGACAGAAUUUUAGUGUUAAGAACUGCACAGGGCAGGAUAACUAUGAGACUAUUGCAUCACAAAAUCAAAUUGGAAAGCAACUGCACAUGUACUUGGCCUUUGCGUGUGAGCGCGAGGAGGCAGCUCUCAGUGGAACGGAAGCCCUCGGAGCGCCCAGGGAAACACACGCCGGGCUACGAGUCCGUGACUGCCUCGGAAGUUCACUGGACGGGUCACUGGAUGAGUGACUUCAUGUCAGCAAUAUCAAUGCCUGAAAAACCAACUGCGUAUGAAAGAACUGAAGAGAAAAUUCAAGGGUGUCCUGUUGUCCUUCAGUCAACAGAUACUUUGAAAAUAGAACGUAAAAAUGGACGACUGAGAGAAAAUCAUACUGAAAAACGGGAACAGAGAAAAGGAUACUGGAAAGAACACCCAAUUUAA